AUGGAGCAUCCCCACAAGUUCGAGCACAAGAACUCCAACUUGCAGAACCUAGAAGGUGCUGCUUCUUUGGAAAAAGGCAAAGGUGUCGGUGUGGUAGCACCCACCAUGAAGAAUGACGAGGAAAAAAAAGGCUACGGGGACCAGAACCAGCCAACCUUUGAGGCCGCAGCUGAGGUGCAGAAACUCCGAGAUGACAUUGAGCUCCAAGCCAUCUGCACCGCCUUUAGCAGGCUGCAGCUUAGGGAGCUGGACUGCGUCUUCCAACGCACUCAGUACCCCAACGUGUUUGGGCGGAAGGAACUUGGGACACCGGUGAAUGUUGAACCCGAAGCGGAGUCAUGUGAACCAGAAGCAUCCGCGUAG